UUUCUCUCUUCUCUCUUUGUCUUCAACUUCUCACAGCCUCAGGGUUUCUCAUAGCCUCAGGGUUUCUCAUUCAUCACUACUCUCAUCCAUGACGAUCUGUCACACUCUUCAUUGUUAAAUCUGAAGCAUGGACGCGAGCGGUCUAUUGCACUACUUCAUCUUUAAUCUAAUUACAAUGAUCUUCUUGUUGCUGUAGAAAUUUUGACUCCAAACUAAGGGUACAUGUUCUCCCUUGAUAUAAUGGUGGCCCUAGACAAGUACAACAACGAGCUGGCCGAGUCUGUGAUGGAGAAAGCGAAGAGGCUUUGCAAGGAGGUUCAUGAUUUUGAUGUUAAGGUGGAGACGAGGGUGGAGAGUGGAGAUCCAAGGGACGUAAUUUGUCAGGCAACGGAGAAAUUGGGUGUCGAUAUGGUGGUGUUAGGAAGUUUUUUUGGGGUGGUUAAUUUAAAUGGCAGGAUUUUCUUAGGAAGUGUGAGCAAUCAUUGUGUACAUAAUGCGAAGUGUCCCGUUCUAAUUGUGAAAAGGUCCAAAUCAACUACUCCUAACAAAUAAUAUGGCAGUGUUACAUCCAUAUAAUCUGCUCUCCAUUUAAGCCUCCUCCGAAGAGGUGGCAAGACAUAAUA